CAUAAUUAAUCCUAAAAUAAAAUAAGGAAACCUUCUCUCAUUUCCCAACCUAGCCGGCGAAGCCAAGGAGGUCGCUGUUUUCCGCCGGGGCGUCUCAUCGGAUAAUAGAAGCAACGCAAAACCAGAGGAAAAAGACGGCGAUGGCCAUGGCGAAUUCAGCGUGCGUCGCGGCGCCCGCUGCUUCCCCCCUCAAAAGCCUUGCCAGAAACCCUUCCAAAACCCUCCACCUCCCCUCCCAACCCCUCCUUCUCUCCUCGUCAUUUCCUCCGACCAAGAAGUUGGGGAGGCUUGUCGGCACCUGGAGCUCUCCUAAGGCCAUCUACUCGAGCGGCUCCUGGGCGCCGGAUCUAGCUCCUAGGAAAGGUAUUUGGUCCAUUAGGGAUGAUUUGAUAGUGCCGUCGUCUCCCUACUUCUCGGUGGAGGCGCAGGGAGGGCAGGGGCCGCCACCCAUGGUUCAGGAGCGGUUUCAGAGCGUCAUCAGCCAGCUCUUCCAGCAUAGAAUUAUACGUUGCGGUGGACCUGUGGAUGAUGACAUGGCGAACAUUAUAGUGGCGCAGCUUCUCUAUCUCGAUGCUAUCGAUCCUACCAAGGAUAUUGUCAUGUAUGUGAAUUCUCCAGGAGGAUCAGUUACAGCUGGCAUGGCUAUCUUUGAUACAAUGAGGCACAUCAGGCCUGAUGUCUCCACUGUCUGUGUUGGACUUGCAGCUAGUAUGGGUGCCUUUAUUCUGAGUUCUGGCACUAAGGGGAAACGGUACAGUCUACCAAACUCCAGGAUAAUGAUUCAUCAACCUCUUGGAGGAGCUCAAGGUGGGCAAACUGAUAUUGACAUCCAGGCAAAUGAGAUGCUGCAUCAUAAAGCUAAUUUGAAUGGGUACCUAGCAUACCACACUGGCCAAAGCCUGGAAAAGAUCAACCAAGAUACUGACCGGGACUUUUUCAUGAGUGCAAAAGAAGCUAAAGAUUAUGGUCUAAUUGAUGGCGUGAUCAUGAAUCCUCUAAAAGCCCUUCAGCCACUAGCAGCUUCUGAUCAGUAAAGACCAGUGGCAUCUGUGUUAUGAGUCCAUGUUGUCAUGACAUGGCCAUGUAGCCAUUAUAGUGAUGGAAUGCUUGUUACCAAUCUAUCCUGUUACCCGAGGAGAACUUUUUUUGUUUGUAUUGCGGAAAGUUUGCAUUUACCAAGCUUAGUGUAGCAAGCAAUGUCUUCUUUCAGUUUUGUGAAACAGCGCUUGCACUGUUUUAGUGAAAUUAAAGUGGAGAUCAGUUUUACAAGUA